AUGGACGCCGGUCCGAACCGACCGCGUGGAGGACGUGGGCGAGAGACCGCAGCACCCUGCCGCCAUCGGAGUGUUCCGGCCGGUGGAUUAUUGCUGUGGCUGGGACUGCUGACGAUGUUUGUCAAGGGUAAUCCCGAAACUCGUGGUAACGAGCAGGAACUGAAGCCGAGCUUCGCCAGCCCCAUCGAGAACGUGACAGUUCCUAUAGGUAGAGAGGCGACGCUCAGUUGCAUUGUACAAAAUUUAGGUGCCUACAAGGUUGGCUGGAUGAGAGCCUCCGAUCAAACAGUCCUGGCACUCCAGGGACGGGUUGUGACGCACAAUUCGCGAUACAGCGUAACGCAGGAAGAACGCGAUGUCUGGCGGCUCAAGAUUCGAAACGUCCGCGAAUCCGACCGCGGCUGCUACAUGUGUCAAAUAAACGUCACACCGCUGCAGAAACAAGUAGGCUGUGUCGACGUGCAGCUGCCGCCCGACAUCUCGGACGAGCAAUCGUCUUCAGAUCUGACGGUUCGCGAAGGUGGAAAUGCAACGUUCUACUGCCGUGCCACUGGGCAUCCGGCACCGAAGGUCACCUGGCGCCGCAACGAUGGCUAUCCGCUCUAUCUUCUGCGCAACAACAGCGACGUCCGCAAGGUCGAUCAACAUGUUGGCAUCUUCCUGAACCUGACCCACGUCAGCCGAAAGCAGAUGGGCGCGUACUUAUGCAUCGCUUCCAAUGAAGUCCCUCCAGCCGUCAGCAAACGCGUCUAUCUCAGCGUACACUUUCCACCAAAUGUGACGACGGCCAAAACGUUGCUCGGAGCCUACGAGGAGUCCGACGUGGAGUUGGAGUGUGAUGUGGAGUCGUUUCCGCGCUCCGUCAACUACUGGACGAAGGUCGCCAAGGGAGGUCGCUCAGGAGGAGCCUUCUCGAGUGGUGAAAGUUCUGGCCACCAUCACCACCAGGAGGUGAUGUUGAACGGUGAACGAUACGAGAUCCGCGAGCAGCACUUCGGAAGUCUCUACUCCGCCAAGAUGACGCUUCGAAUCCGCAGCUUCACUGAGGCUGAUGCCGGCAGCUACAUGUGCAUAUCAUCGAACGCCUUCGGAAAGGCCAACCGGACGAUCCGGCUGUACGAGAUUAAAAGACCCACCACGACCACCACCACUACGACGACGACGACAACCACGACAACGACGACGACCACCACCACAACCACUCCAGCGCCACCACCUCCGACGGCACCACGUCGAAGGACGACACUGAUGGGCCCCAGGACACCGUACGACUCGACGCCCUAUCCCCCGACAGGAUUCAUCAUCGAGUACUUCACCUACUCGCCGGCCUUCGUCGAGUACGGCGCGAACGGUGAGAGCCACAUCAACUAUCCGCAGCUGACGGCCUACUCCAAAUCGUCCUCGUCGUCGUCAUCCUCGUCCUCGUCCUCAUCAGCGAACUCACACGGAUCCUCGGCGUCCUCGUCGGCAUCUCCACCGUCCACGGUCGCGCUACUCGGAGGUCGAUGGACCGCCGGGACACUCGGUGGAUCGCUCAGCCCGCUCUCCGGCCUGGAGGAUAGAUUUAUGAGCAUUUUGAUCGUGACAGCCCUGUCCUGUGUGUCCUUUUUUCGCUACUUCCAAAUCUAUCUGCCGUGGAUUACACUUUUUCUGCUGCUCGUACUGAUCGGUCGCAAGCCGAAGGAGAAAAUCUCGACCGAGCUCGUCUUUCACCACGCACCGUGCGCCCUGUGAGGGCUUGGGCCACCCACCAGGACCGCUGCCAUCUGUCACCGGUGGGACGGCUGGGACAAACGGGACGAACGGGACGAAUGGGACGACCAGGACAUCACUAGAGCACAACCCAGCACCGACGGACGGACGGUCGUUGCGAAAGAGGUAACGAAGGUAAUGUUGUUUUCUAAUUUGCUAGGAUUAAUCAGGAAACAACGACCCGUUCCGUCGGGCGAUGGGACCGGUUUCGGUUCUACGCCGUGAAGCAUAGAUCAAAUGGCACCCGUGUGAAGGGUGCGUGUAGCGAAGCAAACACACACAAAAAAGGAAACAAAUACACAAAAUUAGCGAGGCAGGCAGCCAGCCCAGGGGUGAACGAAGGCCGGCCGUGUUACGAUGUACAUAUUAAGCAAAUAC